GUGGAACAGGAUAUGCUGCAUAUGCCUCCAGAUGGCCUCCAAGAAAAAACAGGUCAUGUGGCACAUGAAGUAGAUCAACAGUGGAAGAGAAGAAACUGCACCAAAGGAGCGUUUAAUGUCAUUGCCACAACUGGAUCCAUAAAACUGCGGAAAAGAAGGACAAACUUGAUCCACAAGCUUUCAGAUGCUAGUGGCAGAUUCUGGGAAGAAUUUUCAAUUCAUCUUGACCAUGGCACAAACUUUUCUAAGUACUCCAGGCAUCAAAAUGCUAACGUUUCUGUCACCGAUCUGAUAGAGGAAUUGAAAAUAGAGGACCAAAAUUCCCUGCCUGCCCUGCCUGCUGCGUGGCUUCCUUCAACAGAAAGUCCCAGUGAUAUUGAUAUGGAACCCACCAGCGAUCUCCAAACAGCAAAUGAGAUGAUGAAUCUUCCCCAGCGAUACUCCAGAACUACAGAACCUUCCACAGGGUUGGGAGCUUUCACUGAUGCAGCAGGACUGAUGCCUGAUCACUCCUUGCUCAUGGAUGUUGAGUUUUCAGAAUCUGCAGGAGUGACAUCAAAUCCUGCGGUGGCUCCUUUGCCCCCGCGAGCAGGAUCUGAUGGUGACAUCGUGAUGCACGAGGAAACGAUGACCAGGAAGUCAAAAGGGAUGCCAAUUCUAGAACGAGUUGGGGAAACAUUACGGCAAAAAAAACUGCGUGCCACCCAGGCCUGA